AUGAACAAUAAGCAUUAUAUACCUCCAUUAAAUUUUUCACCGGUAAUCUCAACAGAUGUGUCGUUGUACAGAUCAGGGUAUCCAAUGCCAAUAAACUAUUCUUUUAUUAAGGAUCGAUUAAACUUACGGACAAUAAUAUAUAUUGGUGAUAAGGAAGACACAUCUGCAGAAUACUCCGAAUUUUUAAAGGGCCAAGCAAUAAAUUUUAUAAGUGUGCAGAUGAAAUCUUGCAAAGAUGACGAUGUACAAGAAAAGCUGGAUACGAUCCUAGAAAUAAUAUUGAAUGUUGAAAAUUAUCCGAUCUUGAUUCAUUCUAAUAAGGGGAAGCAUCGUGUUGGAGUCGUAGUGGGGAUAAUAAGGAAGUUAUUUCAAGGUUGGUCGAUAGCCGGGAUAUAUCAAGAAUACGGUAUAUUUUCCGGUGGAAUGAAGGAGGAAACAGAUUUGGAGUUUAUAACGAUGUUUGAAACCAAUCUGAUUGUAAAUAAAGACAGAUUACCUGGGUUUAUACGUAUGUAG